AUGGCCAACUGCACCAUGGAGAAACCUUGGAAAUGUGGGGACUGUAGGACGGGAUUCAAAUCCCCAUCUGAGCUGGAGAUUCAUCGACGUGGUCACACCAGGGAGAAGCCGUUCACCUGCUCCGUGUGUGGGAAAGGAUUCACUCAUUCAUCCUCGCUGCUGACACACCAGCGAGUUCACACGGGGGAGAGGCCGUUCACCUGCUCUCUGUGUGGGAAGGGAUUCAGUAGUUCAUCCCACAUGAUGACACACCAGCGUGUUCACACGGGGGAGAAGCCGUUUACCUGCUUCGAGUGUGGGAAGGGAUUCAGUGAUUCAUCCAACCUGCUGAUGCACCAGCGAGUUCACACCAGAGAAAGGCGUUUCACCUGCCCUGAUUGUGGGAAGGGUUUCACUCAGUUAUCCCACCUGCAGUCACAUCAGCGAGUUCAUUCUGGAGAGAAGCCAUUCACCUGCUCUCAGUGUGGGAAGGGAUUCAGUAAUUCAUCCAACCUGCUGAGACAUCAGCGAGUUCACACUGGGGAAAGGCCGUUCAUCUGCUCUGAGUGUGGGAAAGGAUUCAGUAAUUCAACCCAGCUGCAGACACGCCAGCGAGUUCAUACCAGGGAGAGGCCGUUCAUCUGCUCCGAGUGUGGGAAGGGAUUCAGUAAUUCAUCUGACCUGCAGAAACACAAGCGAGUUCACAGUGGGGAAAGGCCAUUCAUCUGCUCUGUGUGUAGGAAGGGAUUCAUUGUUUCAUCCGCCUUGCUGGCCCAUCAGCGAAUUCACACCGGCGAGAGGCCUUUUACCUGCUUUGAGUGUGGGAAGGGAUUCAGUAAUUCAUCCACCCUGCUGACACACCAGCGAGUUCACACCGGGGAGAGACAGUUCAUCUGUUCUGAGUGUGGGAAGGGAUUCACUGAUUCAUCCACCCUGCUGAGGCACCAGCGAGUUCACACCUGGAAGAGGCCGGCACCUGCUCUGAGUGAGGGAAGGGAUUCACUCUCUCAUCCCACCAGU